AUGUUACUAUGUUAUCUCCCUUUUGCGUUUUUCCUGGUUGCUGUCAUCGAUGGUGAGCAAAGUUUAAUUCUCCAACAGUGUUCAAACUAUAAAACUGUAGACUUCUGUCGACCGAGGCUAGGACAGUUUUCAUUAGUUUAAGACUGAAACCAGAUUAAUUUGAUUUUAAAAUGUUCUCUAUGAACCCCUGUGGAUAACCUCUUCUAUCUUUUUGCCACUAAAUACUGCUCAAAUAUUGAGCUAAGUGUUACAACUAUUUAUGCAAUUGCUUUUAACCUUUCACUUGGUUAUAAUAUACACAAUGUACAUAAUAUAUCAGACAAUCCUCGAUUCAAAUUGAACUCAUUUGCACAUAUAUGACAGUCCUAAAGACUGGAAAAUUUAAUUUUUUAAAUACAUUUUUCAAUCCACAUUUAGCAGAGAAGGCAAAGCGAAAACUAUACUGUCAACAAUUGUGGUGCUGUAGCAAUAACAGAGAGAUCCCACUCCUCCAUAUUUAUUGAAGGUGACUUCAUUCAUUCAUUGAAAAAACAAACAUCUUUUCUGCUCAUUCAUGGGGGUUUCCCAAAAAUACCCUCAAACUGUGACUCACAGCUCCUUCAGGGUGACUCAACACUCUCAGAUGCCCAUGACAGAAGCAUCUGUCAAACAACAAUCCAAUCCACACACUCAGAUAACACUCUGUGAAUAUAUGUGGACCCCGUCCACAUCAUGGUAAAGCUGCUCUGAGGAAUUUUGAUGAGCUCUCCACUGUCAAGCUUAGUAAGUUUAGCUGCAGCUAAAUCCCCUGGUCACCAUUUUCAUUAUUUGGUCUGCUCUGAGUUCAUUCCUUGUGGUUUAUGGUCUUCAUAUGCAAAGUUAGUUGCAGUCUGGUGCUGGAGCCUCUCCUGCAAGCCUGCAGGCUGUUUUUGUGGUCCCUCCCUGUCAUGCGUCUACUGUGUAGAAACAGAGCUGGAGGAAGACGUACAGAGGGGGGCUGUGAUUGAAUGUGUUUGAAGUAGCAAUAAAAAUGUACAGAUGAAAAGACCUCCUGAGGGUCACGAUUCUGUUAACCUGAUGCUGGCGCCACAUUUUCUUGUGUCGUCCAAGAUGUCUUCCAGAAAGGGUGAGGAGUGUAGAAGUUACAUCUUCUUCUCCUCUCCCUGCUGUUUCUUUUCUCAGAUCUCACGUGGUUUAUCAUGUCUCCUCAACAUCUGUCAUGUUUUGCGGUCAGUCAUUGCCAGGUCAUUAGAAAAGCAUGCAAGCACUGCAAGGGAGUUAAUGCGCAGCUGUAGGAACGUAAAAUGACUCAGACAUAGUAGAGCUGUAAGAAACUGUCAUUUGAAACACUUAAACCUAUCAGCUAAUGUCUGGCAGCAGUAUAGCCUCUGGAAGUGAUGCAAACUUUUCGGGGCUUCUGGUGUUACCAGCACUUUGCUGAUUGAUUAAAGCAAUAUUGUCAUGUGUGCUAUCAAAGCCCGCUAAACCCUCGUGAACAAUAAUACUUGGGCUGCAGUUGAUUCUGUAUUUAUAUGCAGAAUCUGUUGAAAACAGACCACAUGUUUUUAAAACUGGAUUUUUAACAGUUUAUAAGCCGCACUUGGUGGACACUGUAAGAAGGAGAAAAAAUGGCAGAAAUAUGGUGUCAAUUAUUUUAAAAGUUGGUUCUUGAAAUCUGUCAUUGCAGCUCUCGAGUUUUGCGCUCACAUGUUAUUGACUCUAGCGAUUAUUUUCCCAUCAGUGUGAAGACUUCUUAAAAAGCUCAGUUUCAGUUUGUUGGUCUCUGUUUAAUGUUGAUAAUUUAUCCGAUCCUCCUCAUCUGAAGCUCUCUCACCUGCAGCUGUGUAUUGUUUUUUUUUUUUUCUUUUUUCAACCGGUCUCAUUGCUCUUCCCUCUGCUGUCCUUCCUCCCUCUGAUGCUGCAUCCCUACUGCGUCCUGUUGGAUUAGACCUGCUGUAGGCCACUAAACCUCACUCUGUAAUUGGAAAGCAUGUGCUGGCGGAGCUUUAAUUGGAUAUGAUAUGUGCACAGGCCUGUGAGUGAGCACUGCACUGGGGAGCCAUCUGUUACCUCCGACUUAUAGAGUAAUAACUCUCUUUCUGUUUGUCUGUCUGCCUGCUGAGGUUGACUCAACAUGUCAGUGACAAAAGUGUCAGUGAAGCCAGAGGUUUGUCUGCAUCUAAGGCUGUACAUGUGUGUCAUGCAGCAAGUCUUUAUCAUCUGCAGCAGGAAGAGACAAAGUCUCAGAAAAGACGUUUUUGUGAAAAAAGGGUUCAAAGUCUUUGCAGGACGUAGUGUUAAUGAUACAAAAUUAUUGUUUCUGUAUUAACAGAUCAGGUGAUCUCACUCACCAUGUAGUCAUCUAUUCAGGAAGAUACAAACACAUACAAGUCGACAUGGGAAAUGUGGAAAUGUGUGUCAUGCAGCAAGUCUCUAUCAUCUGCAGCAGGAAGAGACAAAGUCUCAGAAAUGAUGACGUUUUUGUGAAAAGAAGAUUCAAAGUCUUUGCAGGACGUAGUGUUAAUGAUACACAUGAUUGUUUCUGUAUUAACAGAUCAGGUUAUCUCACUCACGUUGUAGUCAUCUCUUUAGGAAGAUACAAACAAAUCGAAAUGGGAAAUGUGGGUUUUCAGAGUAAAAAACUGCGAUGUUUACAUUUGACUAAUAUUGAUGACCACUUUUAUAUUAAGUGAUUUAUGUCCAUUUAAGUUCUAAUCAUGACAAACAUGAAGACAAACAUUGAACAAAGUCUGCAAAUCAAAUUAUUUAUCAAAUUGCAGAAAAAAACGGCAGUGACUCUGUUUCUUUUCUUUGAGCAGUGGGAGAUGGUCAUCCUCCUCAUCCCAACAGUGAGGCUAAUAUACAGCAUAAUACAACAAUGUUAUUGGGAUUUUGAAUCUGACUAUAUUAACACUGUAGCUUGAUUUCUUUUAGAGCUUUUGAGUAUCAUUGUAUCAUGACUUUUGACACUACGCUCCCAGCAGGAUGAUGGACUUAUAGUUAAUAAGAAUGAAAGCUUUCUGUCAGUCAUGUGUGGUCACUCCUUGUGACCCGUCGUCUAUUGUGCUUUGAUGUAGCGGCCCUCAGGCCUGGCCCCCCAUCUGCAGUGAGUGCUGAAGGAUCCUGACCUGUGUGUAUCUGUGUUUGCAUCAUUAGGCUGUUUAACUUCGGGAUGGCACCUUUAAAAGCGUAGAGGUCACAGGAAAUGUUGACUCUCAUUAGCUGAAGAGGGGACCUAAAGAGUGACAAAUAAUAAGCACUGAGCAGUAGUCUGAGUCCCCCCAGGACAUCUGUCUAUAAUCAGUUUGUUUCAGAUGUUGUACAGCGUGAUAUUUGAAAAAACAGGCAGUACACAAACACACAUAUAGGUCAACUCUCCACAUGACUUCUCUGUCCCUUAAUGAGUUCCUGUUUGAAGGCUUCAGGCUCUUCCUGCCUUUGAGGCCAGCAUACCUUCUUCAGGUACAUUUUCACCACUAAAUCAGGGCUGCCCUCUACAUUGCUGCUGCACUCCUGUAGAGCAAACGGGAACAUUUCAUAAUAAACACUAAAAACAAGAGAAGUGCUGUGCUGCAGCUGAAUCAUACUGAUAUUGUUUUAUGUACAAGGAGUGGCACAGGGUAGAGGAAGUUGAAGAAGGAAACUGGAUCUGAGCAGGUACUUCACAGGAGUGCUGUUGUGUCUCAUGAUAGAAAUCCCCUCAAGUGAAACCAAAAACUGGAGCCUCUUUUUUUCUGUUGCUCUUAGUGAUUUGAAGUGAUGCAAAGCUUCAGCAGCUGGCAGCAGAUGUCUCUGUGUCGACAUGUCAUAUGUGUUUGACUUCCAUGUGGGGAAAUAAAGGAGAAGAUGGAGCAGGAGAGGCGUGGCAGCUCAAAGGCAAUGAUAAUAUUUCUAAGCAGCUGUCUGUAGACUUGGAGCAAAGGGCUCAGCGCAUAAACCCAGACCCUCUGAUCCAUAUCCUCCUGAGUAUGCACUCAUAGGUCAACCUUAGACCCACUUCUCACCUGGCCUGACCCAGUCAUCCCUUUUGUGUCUGCAGGGGAUUAUCCGGCUGUAGGUUAAAUCCUUCAAGACAAGGCUCUGUGUUGAGCAUGCAAGGCUUUUAAUUACCCCACUGCUUUAAAUGUAUUACACUAAUUAACUAUGUUAGCCGAGUGCUAGAGUGGUAACAUGAAGUCAAAGAGAGGCUGUGGUCUGUGGUUGGGGACAUUUAAUCAUGCAGUGUUGCAGCUAUUCAUCUAUCUGUUGUCUGCAAAGGCGUCACAAAGUCCUCUCAGAUGAUGCACUGACAUUUUCCAUCUUUGUGCAAAGCUGUACAUAACUGUCACUGUGGAGGAAAUCAUCAUUACGGUCAGUGUACCAGAGAAAGAGGAACCAGUAUUUGUUUAUGGUAAGGAAUGCAUAAGAAAAUUUGUAUCUGGUUGUUUCCUUUUAGUUCCACCACUUCUCCUUUUUCAAUAAUAACACAAUGUUUUCUGGUGAGAACAAAACCCUUUCAUGGUAUCUGGGGAAGGUUUCUCUAUGACCUGUAGGUAGAUGCCAGAAAUACUUCAGCUUUUUAAAGUUCCAGCUUCAAUCUUUCCAUGAUGGAGCUGUAAUAUCUGCAUGCCGAGGACGUGGAAAAAACAGAGCCUUGACAGUAUCACUGCAAAAAAAAAAAAAAAAAAAAAAAAGCCUAGUUAUCACAAGAAUCGAGGACAGUUAAGACAGCCUAUUUGUUUCCCAAAAUAAUCUCAACUGUACCAUGGUAGGCUGACUGUAGUUUUCCUGACUUCAACUUUUUAAUGGUAAGAAAGUUUGUAAUUAAUGAGACCUGCACCUCAUCACUCAUCAAGUUUACAAUAUACACAUUUUUUCUUUGAAUUCUUAAAGCAGUUGCUUGUUUCUUUUAGGGCCAUUAUCUGGAUAAAACACAAUAACACAGAAGACUAUCCCUCUCUGCAUUUUAAAUAGGUAUACUUUUGAACUAAUGUGAUGGAUGUAGCUAACUGCAGAUGACAAAAAGCUAUAGAUAAUGCAUUUUACACUGUAAGUUUGACAGUAAUUAAAUCCAUCUCUUUAGACUUUAAGGUCCCACGCCGAUCAUUUUAUUUUACAACUUAAAGUAUUCUCAGUGGUUUUUAAAUUGUGAUUUUUAUUUUACUUUUUACUUUAUUUUACCCCAAAGGGAAAGUCAAUUUUCUGUAGUCUCAAUUGUCAUCAUACCUGCCAACAUUUGGGUUAUAAAAUCCGGGAGAUUUUUGCGGUGGGCAGUUUUGGGGUUACCUUGUAUGGUGGAUAUAAGCUAAUUAUGAUAGUAUUUGUAAUUAAAUUGCUCAUCCAAAUAAGUAUAAGUGAAGCUGCAAACUUUUUGUUGUUGUUUUAACAGUAACAAAAUAAAAGUAAAUAGCUAAAUAAAUAAAUAAAUAUUUAUAAAUAAAUAUAAAAUAAUAGCUACGAUAUGCCUUGAACUUAUUUAGUCCACUAAUAUUAGUGGUUAAGUCCUCAUAUGUUUUACAUGCUGUCCCAUAUAAAGCUCUCUGAACGUCUGUGUGUGCAAUACAGCACUAUUUUACUAUUUUAUCUGAGGCUGCCCUGAACGCAUGUUGCAAGACUAUCAUUGUAAAAAUUAUAUCUCAUGUUUAUUUCCCUUUCAUUGAAGUGUUCAUUUUUAAAUAUAGUUUACAGCUUAAACCGACCUGAAACAUCCCAAAGUGUGAAGUAAAAAUUUCAAUCCAGUGUUUGUGGGGCUCAGCAGAAACACAGGACAAUCUUCAGUUGUCUGGAAACCUGGCAACUUUGGACAAAUAUAGGGAUCUGAUUCAUGAAUGAAUGUGGAUCAUGCAAACUAUGGGAGAUUCCCGGGAGAAAUGACAAUACGGGAGGUGGGCGGGAGAUAAGUCUGAAAUACGGGAAAGUCCUGGGAAAAAUGGGAGUGUUGGCAGGUAUGGUUGUCAUGUGUCAAAAAGUCAUCUGCUAUUUACAGAAGAGUUGUAAAGUCUGAUGGCUGUGGGUACAAAAGAUCUUUUGAAUCUUUCUGUCCUGCAGCAAAGAGAGAGGAGCUGUCCACCACCAUUGGCCCUUUGGUCCAUUAAGGUGUUGUAAAGUGGGGGAUCCAGAAGUUUUAUGAAGUUUUUAGCCAAAAUCAAGUUACCUGUGUCAUUUUGAAGGACUUUUUUUUUCAGAGCUCCAGUAGCUCAUUAGCAAUUUACCUCUGAGUCACGGGUGGAGACAGCGCUACUCUGUACACUCCUCUUUAAGCUGGCUUGCAGCCUAACAUUGUCGGUGUAGUUAAAGACGCAGGUAACAUAGGAACUAUUCAGCUCUCUGACACUAAUGUCUUGAUGAAAGUUACUAUCAUAAUUAGCUUACGAGCAUUUCAAUCCCCUAACGCUCACGAUCCACGAUUGUCCUUUCUACUUCUCCGAGUCUGGCAUAGCGGGGCUCCGGGGGCUGAGCGUGGAUUUGUGACAUAGGAAAUCUUGGACUUGCCAGAGAUUUACAGUGAUUUGAAUGCAGAAAUACUCAGAAAUGCAAUUUCACACUUAUUUUCCUCAUGAUACGUCCUGUAGUAUCAGAAAAAAGCCAAUUAAACAUGUAGACAACACACACAAACUAGUACCCUGAAAGUUAUUAAAAAGAAAGUGGUUUAACAGAGCACACACACAGAAGUGAUAAGGCUCUUUGACAAAGCUUUCUGUGUCCACACACUGCACCCCAUCAUACUCUAACAUCUUUACAGCUGGUUGAUUGUUGGUGUGUGUUAAAAACAAUACUUUUUCAUGUCUCCGGUGGGCAACAUGGACAAGUACACAAAGCCACCUGUUGGCUCUCACACCAACUUACUCAGUUUCAGUAAUGCAGCAGGCAUUUGAAAAAUGGCUAAAAUGUGACGGCUUUCAUUACAAGCUGAUAAAUCAUUGGCCUUUUGAGAUUGUGGUGUGUGAACUGUGUAAGAAUGAAGUGGACAAAGAAAACUUCACCUUCAGCCCAGUCCCUCAUGAAAGAAACAAGUCCUUGUUACUGCUGUCACACUGAAAACUAACAGAGAUUGUGAUAAGGCCAAUCAAGAAACAGGGGCGAUUGCCUCAGAUCUGAGAGGGUUUUUUAGCUCUCUAAAUCUUUUUCUAGAUGAUCCAGUAGUAGGGGUGGGAAUCACCAGUGGCCCCACGAUAUGAUAUUAUCACGAAACUUGGUCCACGAUAUGAUAUUAUAGCGAUUUUUAACAUUUUGCAAUACAGUGAGUAUCGGGAUACAACAUAUUGCGAUUUAUAAAAAAUUUUCAACUGUUUAGCUAAUUUAGCAUUUGUCUUUCUUUUAUGUUUGUCUUAUUUAAACAGUGUUUUAUUUUUUAUAUUGUGUCAUGUUCAUCUCAUUUGUGCCCUGCUUGCAUUCCUAAUGUCCCUUCUUAGGUGCUGCUAUAUUUGUUGUACUAACAAAUUGAUUCUUGGUCAGUGAGAUGAUAGGAUAUCACCAGACAAAAUAUCGCAAUACUAUGCUUCUCGAAUUUUUUCACCCAUCCCUAUCCAUUAGCACAUCAUACAUGUGCAGUGAUCUUUUUGUACCAUACAUAUCCAGUUGCAUUUGAUCCUGCCACUCCUCCACUUUAUGACCAUCAAAAAUGACCACCUGAUAGUGCAUGUGUGUUUCCCACCCUUUGUCACAUCCUUCUUAUGAUUGCUUAAUGUCCAUGUGCAUGCGUCAUGUAAAAUCCAGGAAAGUCUGCCUUCACAAGGUGUGUGCAGCCUAUUGUUUUUAAUUUCUAAAUGAGUUUGGGUUACCAAGUGAUAAAGACAUUAGGUGACACGGGGCUUUUACACAGAGACAACAAUCAAAUUUCAUCCGAAUUCCAAUUUUAGUCCUUGUUUUCUUGCUUUUUCCUUGUGCUUUCAAAGAUGAUAGAAAAAUCUAUUUAAGCAAAGUAAACAACACUGACCCACCUUGACCCUCUGUAGUAUGUUCACUCCCUGUCUACUGAAAUGGAGCUUAGAAUAUAAUCAUUCAAUGCAUACAGAUAAGGAGUGGAAUUUAACAGGCUUGGCUAGUAUCAAAGAACAGCCACACUUCUGUGCCACGCCUCAAGCUGCCCUCUGGCUUCCUCUUUUACCCCAUAAACACAGUGAAGAGUGUGAGCUGGCUAAAUGGGACCAGGCGUCAUGACAGCAGACUGAACAAACAGGGGGCAGUGCUCCUUUUCAAAGGAGACGUUAGUGGCACUGGCAUGUCUUGGUGUUGUAAACAGUUUUCAUUCAGAGGAAUCUGAGUGUUAAAGUCACAACGAUGGUCCAUAAUUAUACACACUCAAAGUUGAUAAUAAUUUCAGGAUGGGUGCCUCUUUAAAACUCCUGUUUUCAGACUCAUUUAUAGCAGCUAAAAGGUACAUUACAUGAACUGUACGUUUUAUCGACUGGCUUCACAUUUGAAAAUGCACCAACAGCCCUCAUUUCACUCUCACAUGUUCAGUCUUCACAUUGUUCGCACAACCAGGAAAAUCCUUGGGACCUUAACAUCCAAAGAAUUGGAUCUGUUCAUUUGGGUAAAAAUGUCCCGCUACUUACUAUUUUAGUUGUAGCAUUAAGGAUGUCGCAUUGUUAAGGGUGGGUAUUGCCACUGAUUUCCAAUUCGAUUUUGAUUCAUAAGGUCCUGAUUUGAUUUAAUAUCAAUUCAUUGAGAGAUAUUUCAGCUCCAGAACCUGUUUUGCUUAAAUGGAAAGGAGUUUUAGAGAACUAAUAGCACAAAUUAUAUUUGCAGUUCAAUUAUUAAUGAAAAACCUUUAAACUAGGCACAAUAAUAAAAUAUUCAAGUUCAUACUAAAAGUUACCCCAAUAAAAGAUCAAUCUUUAAGCAAAAUGAAUCAGUAUGAAAAAUCUUCAAAAUAUCAAUCUGAAUGAGAAUUUUUUUUUAACCUAGCCCUACACAUAAUGUCAUGUUCUUUAAACUGUAAAUCAUGAUUUUCACAUGGUAAAGAUUCCAGCUCUCCAGCGGUGUAUCUUAAGCAUGUGUAGCACCACAUUGUCACAUAAUAUCAUCAUUUCAAGGGUGUAUCCUGAUUUAUAUAUUCUAAAGUGGUUGCUCUUGCAGAUUUGCACAUCAUAAUCUUGCUUAAUAGAAAGUAUGAAUUGGCUUAUUAUUAAAUUUCCUCUCGCUAUUGUCAAGUGCACAUUGCCCAUGUAUCUAUCUCUUUUUGGCACAUUUUGCCAUCAACACUUAAUACAUGUGCUUAAACAUGGAAAUAUAUUCUAAUCAAAGCAUCAAUUUCUGUUUUCAAUCAGAAUGCAUAUAACUAAUAAACUGGAAGGUGGAUGAUUGAGAUGCUGUUAUUAAAAUGAUUGCUAACGCUGCUGUGUCUGCUUGAUGUGUAAAUCAACACACAUCCAGAGUGUCCCAUACAGUUAGGGUGUUAGUAUUGUUUACUGCCCAAAAUAAAUGCAUCAUUUUCCGUAGCAAUACCCUCAAUCCUUAUUUUGGCAGUGGCCUCUCAAUCAGUUUUAAACCCCCAUAAUAUAAGUUAUAUGAGCACAGAGAAAAGUAUGUGAUGAGCUUGUAAUUUUUUUCACUCUGUUUUAUCUUAAGGAAUGGCAACCACACAAGCCAAUGUCAUCAACGGGGGCACAAACAAGGAAACACCCACAGCACCUGCAGAUUCUCACAUGACUCCAACUGCAACCAGCAGUUUUUCAAGUUUACCGCCCUCUACUACAGAGAGCAUCAUGACUUCAUUUGCCACUACAGCCAUAGAAAAGCCCACAACUGAGACGGUCUCUACUCAGCCAAGCACUGAGUCCAGGAUGGUUACUGAUGACAGCUACUCCACCACCAUCAACCCAACUGACUCUCUAUCAACUACAACCAGUGGGACAACACAGUCCACAGCAAGCCCAGAGCCAACAAACCGACACACCGACACUUGUGAGACCCUGAGCACAACCCAGACACCCACUCCAGAUUCCACACUGACAGGCAACGACACAAAAACUGCAAGUGCGCCAAUUUCUAAGACGACUACCAGCAGGACUACGGUUACACUAACAAGCAAUGGAACAUCUAAGAUGACCACAGUUACACACACUAGCAAUGACUCCACUACAUUAAAUGCUGGCACACAAACUAGUGAACACACAAUGAUGCCUUUUACACAAACCAGCAAUGGCAUGACUACAAACACGAGCAGUCACACAACCAUAAUGGCAUCAAUCACUCAAACCACCAAUGUCCUGCCUUCAGAGACAACAUUCACACAAACAAGCAGUGACACAACCACAGCUGCACCAGGAAUAACUACAGCAACACGGAUCACCAACACCAGCAAUUUCUCAAGUACAAUGACACCUAUCCCACACACCAGCAACUACUCCACUACAAUGAAUUCUGGUACACAAACUAGUAAACACACAGUGAUGCCUUUUACACAAACCAGCAAUGGCAUGACUACAAACACGAGCAGUCACACAACCAUAAUGUCAUCAAUCACUCAAACCAGCAAUGUCCCAUCUUCAGAGACAACUUUCACACAAACAAGCAACUACAAAACUUCAUCAACACCUAUCACACAAACAAGCAGUGACACAACCUCAACAGCACCAGGAAUAACUACAGCAACACAGAUCACCAACACCAGCAAUGUCCCAAGUACAAUGACACCUAACCCACACACCAGCAACAACUCAUCUACAAUGAAACCUAACACACAAACCAGUGAACACACAACUACAAUGCCAUCUUUCACACAAACCAUCAGUAGCACAGCUAUGAAAACUCAGAAUACACACUCCAGCAGCAGCACCUCUACAAUGAAACCCAUCACACCAACAACCAAUGACACAGCUACAAUGCCAGUCACACACACUGCCAUGAGCUCAUCCACAGCACAAACCUCGACUGACACAACUAUUUUCACAUCAACUGCACAGACCAGGACUCCAGCAAUGACACAGCUUGUCACAACUCUAAAUCCAAUGACUAUAAAAACCAGCAAGGGUACAACAAUUAUAAGUACAGUCACUCCAAACACAAGCUCUGCUAACACCUCCUCCAAGACUCCUGCUUUUACCAUCACACCCUCAUCCUCCAAUGUAACUGGACCCUCACCUUCUUCACCUACCUCUAUCUCAAACCCCAGCUCUCUCCCUCAGAACACCUCCCCAGGCAGUAGCACCGCUCCCCCCAUUGGAAAUACCACCACCCUUAGUUCCUCAACAACCAUCCCAGGAGGUAGGACUACACUGUAAAUGAGUGUUGGUGUGUGUUUACUUAAAAAAAUAAAGUACUCUAACAUACAGGUGAGAAGGAGCCUCCAUAAGAUAAAGGUGCACUAAGCAAUUUUACCAUGCUCUGCUGUAUGUCAGUUGUCAUUUUGGUGCUUUUAAGAAAUGAUGUUAGCUGUGCCCUUUGUUGACUGUCUCCAUAAUUUAAUCUAACCUGUAACCUGUUUUUACAGUGACUGGAAACACUGCAGAAACUACCUCUCCAACUCAACAAACUAAACCGGCCUUGUCUUCUACCCCCCCUCUUACCUCCACCACCCCUCGAUUCACCACCACUCCAGUCUCCAUCACAAGUUCUAUCUUAACAGCUAUUCCAGUCGAAACCCCCAAUCAAACCUCCACCAACUCUUCUGGCAGCCCACUCCCUACCACCCCUUCAUCUUCUACAACCACUCCAGUCCCCACCACCUCUUCAUCUUCUACAACCACUCCAGUCCCCACCACCCCUUCAUCUUCUACAACCACUCCAGUCCCCACCACCCCUUCAUCUUCUACAACCACUCCAGUCCCCACCACCCCUUCAUCUUCUACAACAACUCCAGUCUCCACCACCACUUCAUCUUCUACAACUACUCCAGUUCCCACCACCCCCUCAUCCUCUACAACCGAUACAGUCUCCACCACCAUUUCAUCUUCUACAAUCAAUACAGUCUCCACCACCACUUCAUCUUCUAACACUACGACUUCUACCACCACCAUUACUCCAGUUCCCACCAACCCUCAAUUUUCCACCACCAAUCCAACUUUAACUACUACUUUAAGUGCCCCUACCACUGUAACCCCCAAUACCACUCCAGUCACUCCCACAUCUCCAACCACCACUUCUCUCCCAACCUCCAUGGCCACUGAAAACUUUACCACCAUCCCAGAUACCACUAUCUCCACAUCUUCCAUGGCCGCACAAACCUCUUCCACAACUCCCACAAACACCACCACUAUUCCCGCCCCCAUCACCACCACGGGUUCUGACACCACUGUCACUGCCACCACCCUGAGACCAACAGAAGCUACCACUGACAAACCAACAACAGCAACAACACCCACUCCUACCUUAGCUCCAGUCAUAGGUUGGUAUCUUUUUUUGAUAUAUGGGGUGAGACUGUGGAAUAGUAUGGGUGAGGAGUUAAAACAAUGUCCAAAUAUAAAACAGUUUAAAACAAAAUAUAAAGAAUAUGUUUUCAUGGGAUACAGGGAUGUACAAUCAUAGUAACUAUUAUCAUUAUUAUCACUGUUUUGUUGUUGUUGUUUUGUUAUUUUCACUGUGGUGAUUAUUUUUAUUGCUAUUAUUACUAUGAUGAUUAGUAUUAUUAUAUAAUAUUAUGAUACUGUAUAUAUUUAAACCAUUAGUGUAGGAGAAGGGGUGGGACUAGAUAAGUCUCGACUUCUUUCCACUCCUUCUUGAACUUGAAUAACUUUUAGUCAUUUGUUGUUUUACUCUUUACUUUUUUAUUGUUUUUUCUUAUAUGUUCAAAAUAAACUUCAAUCAAUCAAUCAAUCAAUCAAUAUAUUGAAUGUUAUUUGAAAUGUUGCUAGUUAGCAAUGUUGCAGACAGAGGUAGUGACUAGCUGCAAGGCAUUAUGGGAAAUUUAGAAGCUAAAGAGCCAGAUAUUUCCCUAUGAAACAGUGAGGAUCUUGGAUUUGACAUUCACCCAGAGCUAUUUUAAUGCAACUUAUCUAAUAAAUUGAAGUAUUGUGAUAUUUCAGGGUUACAUCUACAGUUUGUUUCUGCUGCUCUCGGUUGCAGACUUAACUUAAUAACAUAUUCACUCCUCAGAGUGUCCAUCUGUCCCAUGUCCUCCUGGAAGCACCUGUCUUAAUGGCACCUGCCAGUGUCUCUCUGGUAGCUACCUGCUUAAUGGCCGAUGUGAACCUGGUAGGAAAAUCUCAUUAUUUUAUAUCUGAGUAAUGGCUGUGAGACUCAACCCCUUACUAUAUAUCACCCUUCUUAUCACCAGCUCAAGUGUUCCCAGGCCAGCUUCAUCUCACCAACUUGAACUUUGAUAACAAAAUGAGCAACAGGUCUUCAGAGUUGUUCCAGAGGACAGCAGCAGAGAUCUCGGCAGCGGUAGGUUUGGAGUAAAAUAAAGCAUAAAUGUGCAUUGUUCAUGUGAUCAGUCAGUCAUGUAGAAUUUUCCUCUCCCUCUCAUAGCUCAGAGAUGCCCUCAAAAACGAGCCUGGAUAUGUACGAUCUGACAUAGUGCGACUUGAGUGAGUAUUUUCUCCACUUCUGAGUGCAGAUAGAUUAGACGCAAUGUUCCAAAAACUGGUUUCCAAUUCUUACUUGCUUCUCCCUCAGAGAAGGAAGUGUAAUAGCUACUGUAAACAAUGUCUUUGAGGACACCAACGUCACUCAAGAGUCUGUGGAUGAGUCCAUCAGUGAGGCUAUAGCCAGCUCAAGUGGAUUGUUGACAAAUGCUACAUUUACGAGUAAGUACAGCCACUCCUUUGAUUGCUUCUGGAAAAGGGGUUUGUCUUAUACCCUUUUCUGAUAUACUGUUUCUGUUUUAGGAUCAAACCUGUGUAAGCAGGAGCCACUGCCUUGUGAAGUAGCCUCUACAAUGUGCUCAUAUACCAAAGGACGAGCUGUUUGUUCUUGUAAAGAGGGCUACAUCUCCAUCAUCUACUCAAACACCAGCUGCAGAGGUAACAGCUACUGUUGAUUUAUCAAGAGGCAGCCCAGAACAUGAUCUUACUCCUCAUGUCUUCCUAACUCAGAGCUACAGAUCACUAAGGCCUCAUAUGUGGCCUGUAAGAGCUGAUGUGACGUUUUCCUGGCUGAUUUACAGUAAAGAGAGCUGUAACAAAAAAAGCUUUAGUGACAUUCUUGUGUGUGAGAGUGAGGAGUGAGGGGGAGAAGCAACAGGGAGUGAAACUCACAGACAAGGUCAAGAGCUGAAGCCUUUUCUUCAAACCAACCCUUGGCCUUUCCCUCAUUUAUCUCUCAAAUGUAUUUCUUUUUUACGGGGUUGUUUCCCUGGAAACAUGUGAAAGAAUCACAGAUUCCACUCUCUUCAGAGGGCUGAGACCAAAGACAUCAGCUGUACGUGAAGUUUAUGGAGAAUCAGACUUUUAUGCACAUGUUUUCAUACAAUCCUUUCCCCAGGAAUCCUGUUACAAAGAGAAAUAUAAUGUACUUGUAUGGCCUUGUUUGUUAUGGUCAUCAUGUGGCCUCUAUAAGAGGCUCUCAUUGUGCUCAUGUUUUCAUUGCUUGUGCAGCCAGGCGUGCUGAACAUCUCCAUGUACUGUAACCGAGUCUGAAACUCUUGCUUGUUACGCUCUUGCUUGAGUCUCUUUGUCAAACUUUUUUGUGCAUAUGUAAACGAUUGUGUUUCUCUCUUUAGCGUGUCCAAGUGGGCAGAGGGCAGUGGGGAACACCUGCCAAAUGUGAGUAUACAUUUCCCUUCGGGGAUAAAUAAAGUUCUUCUUAUUCUUAUUUUUGGUUUUGUUGAUGUGCUGGUUUACAUGUAUGUGCGGUGUAUCUUGGUGUGAAGGUAGCUCCCCCAUGUGGAUUGACUGAAUCCACACAGGGGUAGCUUGAGUUCAUCCAUGAGAGACAAGUAUUAUUUUGUGUUGUCUCUUAGGUGUGCAUUUGGAUAUGCGGGCUUCAACUGCACUGACUGUGAGUAAGACUUGUUUGAUGAUGCAGCAGUAAUAAUGUAUUAACUCGCUGACCUAUAAAACACAUGAUUUGAUCCUCAUGUGUUUUUUAAAGCUGCUCUGCUGGCAGUGGUGGUCAUCUCCUGUGUCCUGGGAGGGAUUCUUCUCAUCCUGGUCCUGGCUUUGCUUGUGUACUACUUCUGGUGAGAAACAGAGUUUAUACAUUUAUUUAUUUCAUUCAUCUAUCGAGCAAAAAAACAAAACAAAAAAAGUUAAAAAAAAAAGACAGUACUGUAACUCUUGAAUAAAAGGGGGCAGAAAUAAGUGCACUUAUAUUGUAUACCCCUAAAGCUCCUGUUAGAUGGCUAAUAUAUAAUAUGAAAAUGAAAUUUCAUAAUCUAAUUCAAUCAUAAUUUAAUGCUUUUAAACACUGUCUGGGUACCUACAAACACCAGUCUAUUUAGGGCAGCAUUUAUGUUUCACAGAAGAGGAUUUUGAUCUGGUCUUGGAUGCACAGGCAACAUUUGUUAGUGUGAUGAAUUCAUUGUGAAAAACAUGCAUGCACCUUUUAUCCUCGGCACUCUCUAACAGCAGGGAAUAUUCAAAGAGGAAGGCAAACCACAGCAGCAGUCCGUAUUCCUCAGGUGACCUAAACCAGCCUUGGCCCACAGGGGUCACCCCCAUCCCUCGUGCCACCACCAACUGGGAUGCAGCUCAUUCCAUUGAGCUAGCAGAAGGGGGCAACACUCGAGCCCUGGGGGACAAAAAGCAUCAAACCAAUGGAUUGGUGAGUCAUCGAGAGUUCCUUCUGUUUUCUCUGACCUCAGGAUUACUUACCACUAAUCCUUGCGUAAUGUCUUUCCACUAAAUCAGUGUGAUCAGUGUUUCCCUACCAUCCUGCAUCCAGGUUGCAUUUGCUUUAUUAACUUCUAACUAACCCAGGUAGCAUGGAUUUGGUCACUUGCAGGUGAAAUAUAAGAGAGAAGAAAAGUUUUUCUGACCACAUAAGCCUUUAAUAACAGCUUCAUAAGUGGUCCAUAAUGAUCUCGGAAACAGGUGCUUUUCUACCAAUUGUAGCUCAGUUUUAACACAACACACUGACUGAUUCUUGACCUGCAAAUAAACAAAUCCAUGCUCACUUGACAUGGGAUCAUUGUGUCAUUUAAAUAAAGAAAAAAGGGCUGUUUAGAUAUAUUUGCAGUCAUUUCCACACCAUAAUAUUUAACCCAGUGUUUCUUACUAUAAUGCCAGCCUGUAGUUCUUAUAUAAUGUUAGUAUGUAGGACCCCCCCAUGCUCCCUGCUUGACUCCCGGUGUGUUGCUUUAGGGGUUUCAGCCGAAGCAGAACAGAUGGAAAAAGGUAAGGACUGGCUUUGCUUUUAGAUUCUGAUUAACCUUGCUGCCUCCUGCUGAUGAUUGAAUAUGCCAGAGUGAGAAACACAGAGGAAGGAGUUUCUGGGUGAUGGGAAGCAUCCUUAUAGAUCUCUGAUGGUUGUGAAAAUGCAUGUGCUUUCAUUUCUGAGUGACUGACGGUUCAAAGACGCUCAGCGGAUGUUGGUUUGGGGUUCGUCAUGACUAGAUUGGUAAUUUCCCUGUGAUGUUUGCAUGGCUGAAAAGGGAUGUUUGCCUGUAAAUGUGGGAGAUCCUACUCCUGGAUGACACUUAUUUUAUUUUUGCUUCCACAAAUAUUUCAGACGGGCUCGUAUGAUCUCAACCCAGAGGGACUGAAGACCUUCAAGGGUAAAAAUCCAUCCAGAUACUCCUAUCUGGUUCAGGGCCAUGAGAACCCCUACUUCUUACCUGGAGAUGAAAAGAAAAACUGAAAUUAUAGGCCAGCAGGCAAAAAAAUCCACGAAGAAGCUGCCCACUGAUUUAAAGCUCUGAGUCUGCAGGCACAUCUCCUGAGCAGGAUCAGGUUCUUUUAUAUAUGUAUAUGUAUUUGAACUCACUUUGAUUUAUGACAAAAUCACAACAGACAUUUUUUCAGCUGGGAGAAAGCCACCAAAGAGAUUUAUGCAUAUAAGCAGGAAAGAGGGUGUGAUAUUUUUUUAAAAGUGGGUCUUUAGAGACAGCUCAGUGGUGCAGUCUACAACCAGUGGAUGUCACUGUUGCUCAGUUUAAUCCUUUUUAUAGGUACGUUUGCGGUUUUUUAUGCUUCAAAGAAAUCAUUCUAUAUUCUUUUUCAAUGAUGCUUCUUGUGUUGCUUAUUGCACUAUAAGGUGUAUAAGGUUUACCGUUCAUUUUACUGUCAAAUCAAAGGUAAAUUGAGAUUGUUCUUUAUGGGACCACAAGUUCAAUUAUCUUUUAAAUAUAUGACAUAAUAUGAUUGAAGGGGCUGGAUCCCUGUUCUGGGUGUUUUUUAAAAGGGAACAAUAAUGUAGCAGAGUGCGAACUCUUGUUGUUGAAGGCGUGCUUCAACCCCUCUGUGCCUGUUUUCAUUGUCUGUCUGACAAAUAGGAAACAUGCAAAGCCGGUGAUAAAGCCUCUCUCCCAGAUGUGCCAAUUACCGCUUCUUUUAUGAAUCCUGAUACAUAUAUUUGUCCUUGUAUGUAUGAGUCAGUGCACUACUUUGCCUGUAGGGGUGUUUGUGAGGAACUGAAGAUCUCUUGCAACGAAUGUUUUUA